AUUAUUUACUGGACUCAUUAAAGCUCAUUUCCACACAGCAGACUGUGAGAGGAACAUAGAAAGAAUCGGUCGUCAACACGGGCACGAAACGUCCUCCUCAUUUACGAACAAGUAAACGGCUCCAUUUCGUAUCCAAAAUAUCGAGUACUAAAAUAUUACGAAAUGAUCACCACCAUCACUGAACACAACCCAUUAGUCAGGAUCACAUGAGCUGGAUCAUGUUCGGACCUGUUUCGGGGUAUGGGUCUGCCACGCCCUAAAUUAGGAUCUUUUCGGAUCCGUUCGGUUCUCUUCUGUCAGUGGGUCGUCAGCUGCGUUUGGGUUUCGUUUCUGUUUUCCCUCUUCGCUAUUAAAAGAAGCUGCGGCAGCAGAGGAUUUUCGUUCCUGUCUGAGAACACCCUGAUCGGGCUGAAACGGCUCCUGUCCGGACAUCAGACACAAUGACCACACAGAGCCAAGCUGCUACAAACCAGAGACCCAUCAUGCCACAAGUCCGGUACCACCCAUCCAUUCGGACUACGGGAAACAAAGCCUUAGCUGAGUCCAUGCAGAGUUCCACAAGUGGUGCCGCUCAACGUCCUCAGACCAAAACUCAGCCUAAAAUCGGCAAAAAGAUGCAGGAUUCCUGCAGAACGGGUCCUGCUGUAAGACCACAUGUGGUGCGAGAACCACCUGACAAAUCUCCAGGUUCUGCUGGAGACCAAGCCUUAAGCAAAUCUACUCAGAGGUCUGGAACGGGUGCUUCUCGCCAACGUCAGACCAGAACUAAGCCUAAAAUUCCCCUAGAGAACCAGGACUCCAGCAGAACAGGUCCUGCUGCCAGACCACAUCUUGAUGGAGGACCAGAACCUGAGAGAGAUUCAGGAUCUGCUGAAGGCAAAGUUUCUCCCACACCAGAUCAGGUGCCACUGGAUCUGAGGGCUGAUCUUGACAGGGCUCUGCUGCAGCAGGUGGAGGUUCUGACCCGUGGACAGAGCACCAACCCGGACUGGUUUAACUGGAGGAAGAAUCGGAUCACGGCUUCGGUGGCUCAUCGCAUCACUCACUCCAAAUUCGUUAAUGGCAGGAGCACAGCUCCACCCCUUUCGUACCUGGCUGCAGUCACAGGUGAGGGGCCCAAAGUCCAGACCAGAGCCAUGAGUUGGGGGAUCCAGAGGGAGGCUGAGGUUGUCAGCAGGUACCAGAAGCUGAAGACAGCGGCGCUGGGCCGACCCGUCACGGUUCUUGAUUGCGGCCUGUUCAUCGACAGCCAGCGUCCCUGGUUGGCAGCAAGUCCUGAUGGCAUCGUGAUGGACAAGCAGACUGGCCAAAGGCUUCUGUGCCUGGAGGUCAAAUGUCCCUACAAACACAGAAAUCGAAGCAUAGAGGACGCCUGCAGGGAUGACCCUGCCUUCUGUCUGCAGCUGCUGAACGAGGACAGACGGAGCCCUGGGAAGCCUGCGGUUUAUGCCCUGAAGACAUCCCACAGCUACUUCACCCAGAUCCAGGUCCAGCUGGCGGUCACAGGCCUGUGGCAGGCUGACCUCGUCGUCUUCACCCUGAAGGAGACGGCCAUCGUUCCUGUGGAGUUUGAUCGUGAACUGUGGGCUGAGACAGUUUUCAAGCUGCAGAUGUUCUAUAGGGAUGCCGUCCUCCCUCAUGUCAGACAGAAAAGACAGCAGAAUGUAGCAGCAGUCACAUUGCCAGAACUGUAGAGACAGGAUGGUCCAAACAGAACUGGACAUUUCCUUGGACACGUUCUGUCCUUAGAGGAUAGAUGUGUUCUGGUGCUGGGUGUGAUAGAAGACAUUUGUUACGAACAAGGGUAAUUUAGCUUUUUAACCUUAGUCUAACUUUCUGUUGAGUGACUGGUUGGGUUCUGUUGGGUGACUGGUUGGGUUCUGUUGGGUGACUGGUUGGGUUCUGUUCAGAAGCAUUGAAUCAGACUUGGCAGCAGUAGCGGCACAGCCAGUCUGAAGAACACAGUCCUCUAGUCCAUUUUUGUAUCAGAGCAGCAGAAGUGUUUAACCAGACAGACAGAACCCUAACAAGCUUUUGGAUCAGAACCAGUGCAGACUUUCCCAACUGGAUCAGCUACAAACACUUUUUGUUGUUACAUAUUGAACUUUUUACUGCAGUGGGUUUCCCGUUAACAAAAUAAAUUCAUUUUAUGUGAAA